UUCUAAUGUAGCCCAGCUUCACUGUUUACUACAGAAUUAGUGCAUAGCGGACGCCAGGCUUUUCCCCCUGAUCUCUGAACUCAGAGUCUCUCUAUUUAUAUAUACAUAUAUAUUAAAAAGCUAACCUUACAGGGGUUUUAUUUUGGCAUAAAAAGAAGGAAAAUUACCCCCAAAAAAGCUCAACAUGCCCAAGAGAAAGGGAACUGAUGGAGAGGUGAAGGAGGAGCCUCAAAGAAGGUCUGCCAGGUUAUCGGCAAAACCGACUCCUCCUAAACCUGAACCCAAACCCAAGAAAACACCCAAGAAAGAGAAGGAAGUAAACGAUAAAAAGGAGGACAAAAAGACAAAGGCAAAGAAUGAGGAGAAGGAAGAGAACCAGUCAGAAAACGGAGAGACCAAGACUAACGAGGUUGAGAAGACUCUGGAGGCAGAGCCGGAGCCAGAGAAGGAGGAGACUAAGGCCGAGUAGCAUCCCACCCAUCCAUCCAUUUUUCUUCUUUCUUUUCCCAUCAGUCCGAAUCACUCUCUUCUCUUCCUCCCUCCAUCCCUCUUCCUCUUUUCCCUAUUUUCCAGCAAGAAAGACCCCUUUUCUCCACAAACCAUCACCAGAGGAAUAUUUUUAUCAACAAUUUUGUAAAUACUGGUUCAGGUUUUUAGCACAAAAACGCGAUUGAACGGGGUUUUCAAACGGGGUUCUUCUAAGUUGUCUCCAACACGAGCGGUGCACAAAGGCGGCGCUUCAGUUUUUCGUCUCUUGCUUUUAUUUUUUUUUCUAAUUUGUUUUUAUUUUUGUUUUAACGGACAGUUGUGUAUAUUGAGGUGUUGAUUCUGCAUUGCUGGCUGUGUGUGUGUGAGAGAGAAAGAGUGUGUGUGUGUGUGUUAGAAGUUUUGUUUAGUUUGCUGUUUAUUUGGAAAUCUUUCUUUUAGGAAAAGAUAUACGGUCGGUAUAAGAACUGUAGAUGUUAGCACCCCACUCUUCGGGAGAAAUCUCAGCACCAAAACGAUGCGAUGAAAAAGUUAAUCUGGUCUAAAAAAAAAAUCUUUGAUUUGGGUUUGGAUGGGAAUUGCAUCUUUGUGGGAUUUUUUUUGUUUUUGUUUUUCCUUUUUGGAAAUUAUAGGGUUUUAAAAAAGAAAUUGGAUGUUUUGUGAAGUUUUUUUAAACACAGAAUUCAUUUGUGGAAAAAAAGGAGAAAAAAGUAGCGUGCCCUGAAUCUCACUCAAUAAAACCAUCAUUGGAGUUUUCCUCAAAAUAA